AUGGAGCAACUAGCACAGCAAUGCAUCGACUCGACGAACGUGACGCCUCGCUGGUUACCAGGCGGCGACGCAUUUUGGUAUAAGCAGAAUAUCUCACCAAACAAAUACCAGUUUCUCUUUGUUGAUGUCCGUGGAAAGAGUCGCGAGUUAGCGUUUGACCAUAAGCAACUCGCUGAGGCUCUGCGCGAGAAGACAAGCGAAGAAGUUGACCAAUUUUCUCUUUCUUUCAACUGGUUUGAACCGGCCCCAGACGAGUCGUGUGUUCGGUUUCGCUUUGGCAAUCGAAAGUGGCAGUUUGGGCCAAAUAACCUGCUUCAAGAAUGGGAGGGACAAUUCACCACUGAACCAGAUCAUCUGCUCCAAAAAGAAGUGAUUUCUGCACACAGUGGCACUCAAGUCACUGUCGACUUUGUGAAUCGCACAGGCAAAACCCUCAGGGUGUGUUGGAUAGAUUGGAAAGCAAAAGCUGUUCCGUAUAUGUCGAUCAAGAACGGCGAAACCAAACGACAGAUUACAUACGUGGGCCAUGUUUGGCGACUGGUCGAUGUGUCGAACGAAAAAUACAGGGCAGUCUAUUCAGCACCUGACGAGGGGAAUCAUGUCGCUGUCAUCGAGCAUCUCAGCGACUCUAUCCCUGAGGCAUCCCCGCCCAGCGACGAUGAAGAUUCUGAAACUGAUGAAGAACCAACGGAACCCGAAAACGGACCAUGUCUCUACAUCAAAGAGUUCAAUGUAUGGUUCAAAAGCGAGAACGAUGAAGCCUUUCAGCUAUCUGAGAAUGGAAACGAAAAGAGUCCAUACGACAAAAGACACUUGUACAUAUCGCCAGACAAGCAGCAUGCAGUCGCAUGGCAGUACACCCCCGGGCAAGACCACAAGAUCAAUCUGGUGGAAUCAUCUCCAGAAGACCAGAUUGAGCCAAAACUUCACACAAAGUCAUACCGCAAGCCCGGCGACCGUGUUAGGAUCGACAGACCUCGGCUCUUUGACCUCAAGAGUCACAGCGAAGUUGCGACUGAUGAUUCGCUGUUCAAGAAUCCCUACCAAGUAAGCAAUCUGGAAUGGAACCGUAAUAAUCAGGAAUAUCUCUUUUAUAUCAACGAGCGUGGACAUCAACAUACCAGAGUCGUUGGUAUCAAAGUUGACGGAAGUGUCAGGGCGCUCAUAGAAGAGGAGAGCCACACGUUUGUAGACUAUACGAAGUCGUACUUCAAGCUCCUUAGAGAUUCUGACGAACUCAUCUGGGCUAGUGAGCGUGACGGAUAUAAUCAUCUGUAUCUGAUCGACCUCGUCACUGGCUCGGUCAAGAACCAGAUCACAAAGGGGUCAUGGAUGGUCAACUUUGUAGAGUUUGUGGACAAGGAGCGUCGUCGAAUUUGGGUGCGAGGCUAUGGACUCAAAGACGGUGAGGACCCCUAUCAUGCACAUCUAGCAAGCGUCAAUUUCGAUGGAUCAGAUUUCAAGAUCCUCACAGAUGGAGAUGGAACUCACUCUUGGUCUUUCUCUCCAGACAAGCGUUACUUGAUAGACACUUGGUCAAGGCUUGACUGUCCACCUACAACGGUCCUCCGUGACAGCGAGUCUGGGCAAGAGAUAAUGACACUUGAGAAGGUUGAGUCGAAAGAGCUGGAAGAUAAGGGAUGGUCUUCUCCCGAGAGGUUCGCUUCCCCUGGCCGGGAUGGCAAGACACUUAUAUACGGAAUCAUCAUUCGGCCCGUGGACUUUGACAGCACCAAGAAAUAUCCCGUGUUUGAUGAGAUCUAUGCGGGGCCUCAUAACUUUCGGGUCCCCAAAGCAUUUUCAACUCUCUCGGAUCGACGGCGAUGGGCAGAUGAAGGGUACAUCGUCGUGAUAAUUGACGGAAUGGGCACAAACUGGCGCAACAAAGGCUUUCAUGAUGUCUGCUAUAAGAAUAUUGAUGAUUCAGGACUUCCAGACCAUAUCGCUUGGUUGAAAGCUGCGGCAUCUUCACGGCCAUGGAUGGACCUCUCUCGAGUGGGAAUCAUGGGCGUUUCAGCAGGAGGACAGAACGCUGUAGCAGGGAUGCUUCAUCACAGUGAUUUCUUCAAGGCCGGCAUCGCAGAUUCAGGCUGUCAUGAUAACCGCAUGGAUAAGCUGUGGUGGAACGAGCUGUGGAUGGGAUACCCAGUUGAUGAGGCGUAUGGGAAGGCGUCUAACAUAACUCACGCGAAGAAACUCAAGGGGCCCUUGAUGCUGAUUGUUGGAGAUUUGGACGAUAAUGUCGAUCCAUCUUCAACGUUUCAGAUGGCAAAUGCCUUGAACAAGGCGGGCAAGAAUUAUGAGUUUCUAUUUAUUCCUGGUGGUGGACAUGGCUGUGGAGGAGGGAAGUAUGGUCUUGCUCGUCAAAGGGACUUCUUCAAGCGUCAUUUGCAGCAAGAGUCCGAGUAUCGAGUCGACAUGUAUGACACCGGCAGUUGA